CGCGGGCGCGGGCGCCGUGCGCGCGCAGCGGGGGGCGGGGCGCCGCCGGCCCCGCCCCCUCGGGCGCCAAUCCGCGGCGGCGUGGAGGGGCGGCCGGGCCCCUGGCCUCUAUUUACUCUUUCAAUCAGUGCGAGUGUUUGCCCCUGGCCGGCGUGCACGCGCGGGUGAUGCGCUAGCCAUGAUCUCGCAGAAGCUGUCGUACGGCGACGUGCCGACGUCCGCGUCGCUGAGCUCGCUGUCGCCGGGCCUCGCGCCGCCCUACGUGAACAGCAUGGGCUGCAUGCCAGCCCAGCCCUACCCGAACCUGUACUCCAACAACAUGGUGGCCGGCGGAUCUUGCAUGGGCUCCCCGGGCGUGGGCUACUCGCCGCCCAGCACCAUGGCGUCCUGCAUGGGCGGCGCCGGCGGAGUACCCUACGGGUCCCUGCCGAGGGAACAGGAGGCCGCUUCGCCGACCUCGGCGCUCCAGCGAGCGCGGAACGACAAAACCUACCGCCGAUCCUACACGCACGCGAAACCGCCCUACUCCUACAUCUCGCUCAUCACUAUGGCCAUCCAGAACAACCCCACGCGAAUGCUAACGCUCUCGGAAAUCUACCAGUUCAUCAUGGAUUUAUUCCCGUUCUACAGACAAAACCAGCAGCGCUGGCAGAACUCCAUCCGGCAUUCGCUAUCUUUCAACGACUGCUUCGUGAAAGUUCCGCGGACGCCCGACAAGCCCGGGAAGGGGUCGUUCUGGACGCUGCAUCCGGACAGCGGGAACAUGUUUGAGAACGGCUGUUUCCUCCGUCGUCAAAAGCGAUUUAAAGACGAAAAGAAGGAGGUGAUUAGACAAGCGCAGAAAGCGACGCACGGGCACGGACACCACGGAGGGCACGAGAAGAGAGAUCACCAUGAUAAGGGCGGGGAGCUUCGGCCGGCCGGCGGCGGCGUCGGCGACGACAAAGAGAUGCGCGACGAGCUGCUCGCUCAGCUCCACGCCGCGCCCGAGCUGUGCCUGCCCGAGCACACGCCGCUAGCCCUCGAGCACUACGCGCAGCUGAAGCAGGAGCCGCCCGGGUACGCGCCCGCGCCGCACCCCUUCAGCAUCACGCGGCUGCUGCCCGGCGCCGACACCAAGUCCGACCUGAAGAUGUACGACGUCAACUACGGGUACGGGCACUCGGCGGAGAACUACUACCAGUCGUCGCUGUACCACCAUCACCACGCGCACGCGCAGCCGCCCUUGUGACAGUAUCCGCUGGCGUAGGCCCGCCGCGGCCCCUGGCCCGGCGCCUACGCCGCGCUCUAACCGCGCAAGUAAGUCAACGGACUCCGCACUAAAAUCUCAUUAAAUUAUUGAUAUUGGACUCCUGAGUGAGCGUGAUUUGUGUUCUGGUGAUAUUCUAAGACGGUUUGUGUAAAUACGCUAUUUUGUCCAAGCCUAAUUAUCGUUAUAGAAGCGUCGCGUUGUCGCGUUAGGCCUAAUUGUGGAACUUGCGAAAGUGUCCUUUUAAAGUCCUUCUGAGCGUCUCCGUCGGCUCUUUUGAAUCAAAUAACAAUAUAAAUAAAAUGAGUGAUCGUUGAGCUUUUCCAUGAGUCGUUCUGUAACUGAAAUGAGUUGAAAUAGAGCUAAUCAGUUGCAUUAGACGAUCGAUACGUUAUCUGCAAAGCUGUACCUAUCAGUCGCCCGUGGCCGUAGUACUCGUUGAACUCUUUUGUAUGUAAACUCAAGUACGUAGUUAAGUAGUAAAUAUCAUUUUAACGCGAAUUUAAAUGCCACAAAAAAUAUUUUUAACAAAUGCCUUCCGAAUCACAUUCACGUGUCAAAAAUCUCAAUUUUAUUAAAAUUUGUGUCGAAAUACGAACCUAAAACUACGAUAACACGUUUUUAUAAUUUGUUGUGUGCAAUUUUUAUUGUAUAAACGUCGGUUUGACAUUAGUAGGUAAUAUUUUUUUUAUGAUGUCACAUUACUUAACUAAUUCAUUUAUAAAAUAAAAACAAUUAAAUAUAAAGUCAAUUAAACUACCUAUCUUAAUUGCUGGAGUGAAGUAAAAAACUAAAAAUAUAUCUUAAAUGAAAACAUUUUUAUUUAAAUUAUAAUCGCGUAGGUAGGCUUAGUUCUACAUAUACCUAAUAAUAAUAUGUAAAUGGAAAAUUUUAAACAACAUACUAUAUAAAUUUUAUUAAAAAUGUUUCAUUAUUUCGGUAGGAAACUAUGUUAUUAAUUAUUGUAAUUAAUUGAUUGAAAAGAAUCUACGGAGAACACAACAGAAGUGACGUCAUAUCGAGGACCGACAAGUGUGCAAUGUCGUUAAUGUAAAUUGUGUAUAAUAUACGUUAGAUAGGUGAAAUGGAAUUACCGUUCUGUCGACCAUCGUAUAGUCUAGAUAAGUUUUGUAUAUAUAGUUCUAAGGUAAAUAUAUAUGACUUUAAAUAAUGGUGUUUGGUGUAAAAUAGGUACCUAUCCAGGCUUCUGCACUACAUUCCAAUAUUUAUUUAUAUGCAAGUGUCAAUUUAGCAUUUUUAUUAUCAAAUAGCUUAGCAAGCGUUGCCGUUU